AUGGCGUCUGAGAAGAAAACCGUCUCGGAAGUACCGAGCGACAAUGACACAGCUUCCAUGACAGUAACAAACGUGGGAGCGCAUAGCGAUCCUCAGGCCGGCAGUUCUGCGAAUGUAGGACUCGAUGUAGAGAAGGCGACGACCACAUCUCCAGGGAACACUGCAGCCGGAGGUUUGCAAUGGGAUGGCCCAGACGACCCCGAUAAUCCCAUGAACUGGUCGGCGGCUAUGCGACAAGGCCAGGUCCUUCUCGUCGCCGCGCUCCUUCUCACUGUCAAUCUUUGCGCGACGAUGUAUGCCCCGGGCACUUCCCUCGUCAUGAAGGAAUUCGAUUUCGAUAGCGAAGUUGUGGCCUCGCUCACCGUGUCCGUCUUCGUGCUCGGCUUUGCAAUUGGCCCGCUCCUGUGGGCACCCUUGUCGGAACUCUACGGCCGCCUGCCCAUUUAUGCCGUCUCAACCGCCGUGUUCCUUGCUUUCAUCCUAGGAAGCGCGUUUGCGACGAACCUGGGUGAGUUCAUGGCCUUCCGCUUUAUCAGCGGCUCUGCCGGAGCUGCUGGACUGGCUAUGAGUGGCGGCACCCUGGCAGAUGUCAUCCCGAUCAGCCAGAGAGGCAGGUGGAUGGCCCUCUUUGUGUUGGGGCCACUCAUAGGACCAACCAUCGGCCCAAUUAUGGGUGGCUUCAUUGCGCAGCGAGCUGGUUGGCGGUGGGUGUUCCGCGUUAUGUCUAUCGCGAUUGGUGUCCUCUCAGCCGGCGGCGUGUUUCUCCUCCGCGAGACCUACGCUCCUGUCAUCCUUCGUCGCAGAGAGGCCCGCCGGCGCAAGGAGAGAGGAGAAGCCAAGGCCGUUGCGGCACCCACCGUUGGGGGUGAAUUUCGCAGAUGCAUCGUGCGCCCACUGAAGCUGCUAUUCCUCUCGCCGAUCGUCUUCGCCAUCUCCCUGUACGGUGCAUUCUGCUUUGGCUUGCUUCUCCUUCUCUUUACGACGUUCUCUGCCGUUUUCAUGGGACAGUACGCGUGGUCCGUCGAGGUGUCGGGCCUGUCGUAUAUCGGCGUGGGCCUGGGCAUGAUCAGUGGGCUAGCUGUACAGGCGGUCGUGGGAGACAGGAUGAUGAGGUGGCUCGAGGCGCGGAAUGGGCGGACUAAGCCCGAGGAUCGGCUCCCCCUUAUGGCAGUCACUGCCCCGGCCAUACCUAUCGGAAUGUUUUGGUACGGGUGGUCAACUUACAAGCAGGCGCACUGGAUAGUGCCCAUCAUCGGUACCUUUCCUGUUGGCAUUGGUAUCACUUUCUUCCUCACACCGUCUAUGCUGUACCUCGUCGAUUGUUUUGGUGCGGAGGCUGCCGCUUCUGCUCUGGCAGCGAAUACUCUUUUGCGCUCCAUAGGCGGUGCUUUCCUGCCUCUGGCCGGACCCCCUUUGUAUCGCUCGCUCGGCCUCGGUUGGGGGAACAGUUUGUUGGGAUUCUUAGCAGUGGCAAUGCUGCCGAUCCCAUGGGUCUUUUUCCUUUAUGGAGAGAAGAUCAGACUGAGCCGCAAGAUCAAACUGUGA